UUCUUCUAACUUUUCAUUAUUAGGUUUCUCUCUUAUGUAUUCCUAUAAAUAUCCCUGCAAUUCCCAACCGAGAAGUAACAAAAAUUGAGAUUGUUUUUCUGUAAAAAAAACUGUGGCAUUCUGACUUGACACAUCAUAGCCAUGGCAGCAGCUUCCUACAGCCCCAUCAUGCUUGCGCUGUCUCUGCUUCUGUUGGUGUCAUUCUGGAAUGUAGCUGAGGCUUAUACGCGCAGCGGAACACUUCGGCCUUCAGAUUGUAAACCGAAAUGCACAUACCGUUGCUCAGCAACUUCACACAAGAAGCCAUGCAUGUUUUUCUGCCAAAAGUGUUGUGCCAAAUGCCUAUGCGUUCCUCCUGGUACUUACGGCAACAAGCAACUCUGUCCUUGCUACAACACCUGGAAGACCAAGGAAGGACGACCCAAAUGCCCUUAAACCCAUCAAACUUCUUUCCAAGAUUCUACUUUCUGUUGCUAAUUUUAUAUAUAUAUAUGGAUGUACGAGUCAAUAUUUUUAAUUGUCUCCAAAGCAACCAGAUCUUUGAUUAUGUUUGGAUGAA